CUUUGCAGAAAGUCCCGCAAUUUGAGCGAGAAGAAGCGCCGGGAUCAGUUCAAUUCGCUGGUGAACGAUUUGAGUGCAUUGAUAACCACGUCGAAUCGCAAAAUGGACAAAUCCACAGUGCUCAAAUCCACAAUAGCAUUCCUAAAGAAUCACAAUGAGGCGACGGACAGAUCGAAGGUCUUUGAGAUCCAGCCGGAAUGGAAGCCCACGUUUCUCACAAAUGACGAGUUCACGCACCUGAUGCUGGAGUCUCUGGAUGGCUUCAUGAUGGUGUUUAGCAGCAUGGGCUCCAUAUUCUAUGCGUCGGAGAGCAUUACCUCGCAGCUGGGCUACUUGCCGCAUGACCUGUACAACAUGAGCAUCUAUGAUCUGGCCUACGAAAUGGAUCACGAGGCCUUGCUGAACAUCUUCUUGAAUCCCACGCCCGUCAUCGAGCCCCGCCAGACGGACAUCAGCGCCAGCAACCAGAUUACCUUCUACACGCAUCUGAAGCGCGGCGGCCUGGAGAAAGUCGAUGCCAACUCCUAUGAGCUGGUCAAAUUCGUGGGCUACUUUCGCAACGACACCAGCGCCCACUCGGACAGCCCGAGCAACAGCAGUCAGCUGACGUUGCCGCGCAUCUUCCAGCAGCAUCCGGGCGUUGAGCUGGACAGGAAGCUGGUGUUUGUGGGCACGGGACGCAUACAGACACCGCAGCUGAUACGCGAGAUGAGCAUCAUCGAUCCCACCAGCAACGAGUUCACCUCGAAGCACAGCAUGGAGUGGAAGUUCCUCUUCCUCGACCAUCGGGCGCCGCCCAUUAUCGGGUACAUGCCCUUCGAGGUGCUGGGCACCUCGGGCUAUGACUACUAYCACUUCGACGACCUGGACAGCAUUGUGGCCUGCCACGAAGAGUURCGCCAGACGGGCGAGGGCAAGUCCUGCUACUACCGCUUCCUGACCAAGGGCCAGCAGUGGAUUUGGCUGCAGACGGACUACUAUGUGAGCUACCACCAGUACAAUUCGAAGCCGGACUAUGUGGUGUGCACGCACAAGGUGGUCAGCCAUGCGGAGGUCAUCAAGCAGAGCCACAAGGAGCGACAGAAGCCCACCAAGCCCCUCAACUCCUCCAGCAGCAGCAAGUGCGCCUCGGCGACGACCACGCUGCGCGACUUUGAGCUGGGCAACCAGAAUCUGGACAGCGCGCUGCUCGGCAAUACGCUGGCCAGCCUGAGCAACGAGGUGGCAGCCGCCACGUCGCCCACUGUCGACUCGUCGCCCAUGUGGUCGACGGGCGCGGCUCCUGCUGCCAGCACCUGCCAGCUGAACUCGGUGAAGACCUCGCGGCCCGCUUCCAGCUACGGCAACAUCAGCUCCACGGGCAUCUCGCCGAAAGCCAAGCGCAAGUGCUACUUCUACAACAGAGGCAACGAGUCCGACUCCACCUCCAUGUCCGCAGAUUCUGUGAUCAGUCGCCAGUCGCUGAUGACGCAUGUCAGCUCGCAAAGUCAGCGGCAUCGUUCGCAUCAUCAGCAGCAACGGCAGCAGCAGCAGCAGCAACAACAGCAGCAUCAGCAACAGCAUCCGCAGCAGCAGCAGCAACAACAACAACAGCAGCAGCAGCAGCAAAACUCACACUCUCAGCAGCAGCAGCAGCAACAGUUGCAGCAUCAACAGCUCACCCAGCACCAUUUGCACCAGCAACAGUUGCAGCUGCAGCAGGGCACUGCUGCGCCCAAAAUCCUGCCCAUGCCGUUGGCAACCACCCAGAUUGUCACGAGCAACGCCUGCCAGUUUCCACAGUCCAGCUAUCCGCUGACCAGUCCCCAGCUGGUGGCGCCCAGCUUCCUGGAGCCACCGCAGUACCUCGCAGCCAUACCCAUGCAGCCGGUGAUGGCGCCGUUUCCUGUGGCGCCAGUCCUGUCGCCGUUGCCCAUGCAGACGCAGUCGGAGCUGCUGCCGGGCGCCGUUGUCAUGACCUCCACGCAGAGCCAGCUGCAGGAUCAGCUGCAGCGCAAGCACGACGAGCUGCAGAAGCUGAUCAUGCAGCAGCAGAACGAGCUGCGCAUUGUCUCCGAGCAACUGUUGCUGGCGCGCUACACCUACCUGCAGCCCAUGAUGCCCAUGGGCUUCGCUGCCAGCAACAUGGCCGUUGCUGCUGCCGCCGUCGAGGGCAACUCUGCCGGCAACCAUGUGCAGCGCAACUUCAACUUCAGCGGCAGCAAUGCUGUGGAGCCUCAGUUCAAUCAGUAUGGCUUCGCUUUGAACUCGGAGCAGAUGCUCAAUCAGCAGGACCAGCAGAUGAUGAUGCAGCAGCAGCAGAAUCUGCACAAUCAGCAGCAGCACAAUCACAGCCUGCAGCAGCAGCAGCCGCAGCAGAGUCAGCAACAGCUGCAGCUGCAACAGAGCCAGACUCAACAGCAACAGCAACAGCAGCAGCAGCAGCAGCAGUUGCAGCUGCAACAGCACAGCCAGAACAACAUAUUGUCGCGGGAGGAUAUUGAGGACAUCGAUGCCUUCCUCAAUCUGUCGCCGCUGCAGUCGCUGAAUCAGCUCAACAGCAGCAAUGCCAACAGCAAUGCCAACGCCAGCGGCAACAACAACAAUGCCAACAAGAACACAAAUGAAGACUCGCUGCUCUCCUACAUGCAAAUGGCCACCGAGUCGGGCGCCUCGCUCAACUUUCACAUGGGCAUCAGCGACGACGGCUCCGAGACGCACAGCGAGGACAAUAACUCGACCCAGAGUCAGCUGGCAAACGAUCUGGAGAUCCUGCCAUAUCCAAUCGGGCAGGAGGCAACACAAAGUCUGUUCAGCUCCCCCCACACUGCGAACAGUAGUCAAUAG